AUGAUCAUCUUACGGGAGCCUGCUCGAGCGCAUGACUUUGAGUUCUUGGCGGGCGAUGAGAGUAACCUGAACAAGACGUUGGGACCAUUGGAUGCACUCGAAGCGUUGAGGAAGGAUGGCGCAAAGCAUGUGGAUAUAAGAUGGGUGCAAAAUCACUGGGCCCUAAUCCUUUGGAAGCUGGCUGCCAUUUGCAGGCAUGUGCCUGGGGAGAGUCAGCAACGGUGGAGAUGGGGCGAGGUGAUCCGUCAGCUCAAAUAUCGAUACGAACGUGAGAUCAAUCGCGCACAUCGCUCUGCCAUUAAGCGAAUCCAGGAACACGACUCCUCGGCCGCACAGCCCAUGACGCUGUGCGUCUAUCAGAUUGAUCGCAGCAAAGAUGGAGAGCAGAUUCCACCGGUUGUGUUGACAGAUGGAUGGUACCAGAUUCAAACGAAGAUUGACGAGACGCUAUUCCGCGCCAUUGUCAGGGGGAGGCUGAAGGUCGGCCAGAAGCUACAUAUUUCUGGUGCACGGCUGGAAUGCUCAGGCGACGGCACAGACGUUCUUGCGGCUUUCAAAACAUCCACACUAGCUAUACAUGCGAAUGGAUGCUCGCUCGCCCGCUGGGAUGCUCGCAUGGGUCUCUGCGCGACGCCAUUCAUAUCGACCAUGCGAAGCUUGUGUGGGAGUGGCGGAUCGAUCGCAGCGAUGCGGGUUGAGAUCGUCCGCGUCUAUCCGAUGGCAUAUAUCGACAUGCUACCACCUGAGAAGCUCGGCAACAAGUCUGUCAUGUCCACCGCGCGCAACGAAGCGGAAGAAUUGCAAGCGGCUGCUGAAUGGACUCGGGACAGAGACGAAUGGCGGACAAAGCUCGAGCAUGUGUGGAAUCAGCAGAUGCGUCGCAGUCAUCUCAUCUGCGAGCUGCUACAAGCUGCACAGAGGCAUGCCAAGGGCAAAACGGAGAACGUAGAGGAAGAGUUCAACGCAGACGAGAUACUGGACAACCUCGAAAAGUCGCCUGACGCGAACAUGGUUCUGCGCAAGGUUCCUAAUUUAGGUCGAAAGAUCAACACGCUGGUCGACGCAGCACACCAACGCAAGCUGCAACUUCAAGAUGAAGCGCAUGCCGAACUCGAGGCAGAGCUCGACGAAAAAGUUGGGCCACGCAACGUGCGCUCCUUCCGCGUGAUCAAGGCGGUCGACUUCUUUCCCCGGCUGUCGGAAGACGAUGCGGCGGAUGGCCGCAAGUCUUGCGCGAGAGAAGCGCAGCUGACUGUGUGGGACGCAGCGAAUCUGGUAGAGGGAGAGCUGAAAGUGGGAAAUUGCUUCAUGAUCACCAGCCUCGUGCCUGUCUCGACGACAGCGUGGAGAGGCCCCGACGAUGAUGCGGAGAUCUUCUUGGCGACGAGAAAGGACACGAAGUGGAUCAGACUUUCUUAG